AUGGUUGGAAGGAACGAUGCGGCAAUUGUUGCUGCUUUGGAAGCAAUGGCUCUAGCUUUGCAGAAUCAGCCGAACGCUGAUGAGAAUGAUGGAUCUUGUAGCUUGAAGUGCAUCAAGUUUGAGAAUAGAAUGCGCUCUGAGAUCAAGAAAGUGGUUGGCUACCAAAAGAUUUAUGUCUUUGCGGAUUUGGUUGAUUGUUGUUGUAUUUAUGAGGAGGAUAGUAAUGUGCACUAUAAGAUGGUUAGUGAGAGGAGGGGCAAGAGCCAACAGAACCGUGGCAAUCCUUAUGAUGCUCCAGCUGGGAAAGCUAAGCAGAAAGCUGCUAAGGUCAAGAAAAAUAAUGGGGGAGAUGCGACUAUAGGUAUUGUGUGCUUCAAGUGUGGAAAAGCUGGUCAUAAGAGCACUGUGUGUACUGCUGAAGCCAAGAGGUGUUUCCGUUGUGGUAAGCUUGGACAUGCGGUGUUUGAAAGCAAGCAUAAGGAGGUGAUUUGCUUCAACUAUGGUGAAGUGGGGCACAUUGGUAGUCAGUGUCAGAAACCAUAG